GAGUGUUAGAGAGAGAAACAUAAGAGAGUAAUGAGCGAGGCUUUGAGAAGAGAGUACCAUUUGUGUGAAGAGAUCGGACGGGGACGAUUCGGCGUCGUUUCACGGUGCUACUCCCCUGAGUCCGGCGAGUCCUUUGCCGUCAAGUCCAUCGACAAGCGUCUGAUCGCCGAUGACUCCAUCGACCGGCAAUGCCUCUGCAACGAAGUCAAGGUCAUGAACCUGUUGUCCACAAACCCUAACAUCGUCCAAAUCUUCAACGUCUACGAGGACGAUAAUCAUCUCCACAUCGUCCUCGAGCUCUGCAACUCCUCCGAUCUCUUCCAAAGAGUGAGGGACCGAGUUUUCUCCGAGUCGGAGGCGGUCGCCGUGAUGGUGCCGUUGAUGGAGGCGAUCGCCCACUGCCACCGCUGCGGCGUGGCGCAUCGGGACAUCAAGCCGGAUAACGUGCUGUUCGACGAGUGGAAUCGGCUGAAACUCGCCGAUUUCGGCUCGGCGGAGUGUUUUAGGGAGGGCGAGUUGAUGAGUGGAGUCGUCGGAACGCCGUACUACGUGGCGCCGGAGGUGUUGGCGGGGAGCGAAUACAACGAGAAGGUGGAUGUGUGGAGUGCGGGAGUGAUUCUGUACAUAAUGUUGGCCGGAAUUCCUCCUUUUUACGGCGAUUCGGCUACGGAGAUCUUUGAGGCGGUGGUUCGCGCGAAUUUACGGUUUCCGGCUAGCUUAUUCCACUCGGUGUCGCCGGCGGCCAAGGAUCUCUUGAGGAGGAUGCUUUGUAAGGAUGUUUCCAGAAGAUUCACCGCCGAACAAGUUAUGAGACAUCCCUGGAUGCAAAGGGGUGGAGAGACAUAGAUAGAGAGAUAUAAGUGGGGGUGUUCUAGUUCUAUGUAGAAAAGUAUAUACUGUAUAUAGGUACUCAAUGUGGAUAAACCUACUUACCAACUACUAUUAGUUUUAAGAUUAGAGUCUUGGAAGACUGCAAGAACAAUUAGUGAGGAAUAUGGACGGCCUUUUGAGAAUGUUUUGUGUGUUUGGAUAUCAAGAAACUCUUUGUAAUGCGGAUAUGUAAGGAAAGUUUUUUUUUUUUUCCCCUAAAAGUUGGGCUCAUUAUCCUAUCUAAUGAUAUCUAUGAUUCUGUUGUUAAUGUUAUAUCCAUAUUAUCCAUGUAACUUCCAAUCUUAUCGUGGAUUUAAUUGGAUUAUGUAUUCACUUUUAUUAUAUUACUAAUUUUUGAGAAUUAAGAAUAAAUAAGCAUAGAUGGAGUGUGUUUGGAUUCAAAAUCAUGGUGAUUAUGUUUAGAGUAGUUAUUAGGUCCUUGGGAGGAGCAAUAUUUUUCUUAUGUUUAUGAUUGUUUUUUAUUUUUUAUUUCGAAGUGAAAAUUAAAUACUCAAAUACGAAUCAAAGCAAAUGUUAGGAAAUAAGCGCGAAGGUCGUGGGAGAAAACGAGAUUGACAUUUGUUUUGAAAGGGAUGGAAAAAGUUAGUGGGAGAGGAAGAGGAAAAGGAAAAGGAAAAGGAUAUGAAUUUUGGACUUGUUUGUCGUUUGCAGCUGAAGAAUGCUCCUGUACCGUUGGAUGUCACUUCCUUUCAAUAUUGCGGAAUGAUCCAACGGUUGGAAAAUGAGGAGAGGACAAUUCCGUAUUGGAGAGUACUGACACAGGUAAGAUGGAGAGACACGCGGAGCAGACGAUUUCCCGUACACUUCUCCGUAGUUAUAACUUUACGGAAGGGAGCUAUAAGUGUGUGACAGCUGGAAGUUUUUAUUUUUUAUUUUUUUGGUGUGAUAACCGUAUGAAUAUAAAGGUACGUUUGGAUAUAGAUUUGGAGAGAUAUUGACUGGGGAGAGAAAAAAAAUAAAUGACAGUGAGAGUGUUGGUUAAAAUGAAA